UUAUCUUGCUAUUUUUUCUCACUCUUUCAUUCCUCCACAGACCCCAAAACACUUAUUCCUUCUCUCUGCUUUCUUCAUUUGCUCUUUCCUUUUUUCGUAGCAGAAGCUUAGUUUUCUUUUAAUCCAGCGAACAACUAUGAAGUCGCCUCCGUUGACUGCGAAUGCUCAGGGUGCCAAAGCUCCUUCUCCUCCGAGGAGCAGAGUUGAAGAAACUUCAGAUACGCAGAUACAAUUUAAUGACUACGCACCCAAGGUGAGGAAACCAUAUAUUAUAACAAAGGAAAGAGAAAGAUGGACAGAUGGAGAACACUAUAAGUUUGUCGAAGCCUUGAAGUUAUACGGCCGAGCCUGGAGACGAAUCAAAGAACAUGUGGGCACAAAGACUGCAGUUCAGAUUCGAAGCCAUGCUCAGAAGUUUUUCUCUAAGGUUGCUCGAGAAGCAACUGAAGGAAGUAAUGGGAGCUCGAUUGUGAUACCGCCUCCUCGUCCCAAGAGAAAACCAAUGCAUCCUUACCCACGCAAGUUGGUGAACGAGGGAGAUCAAACGAGUAGGUCGGUUUCUCCCUCAGAACGAGACAACCGAUCACCAACCUCUGUGUUGUCCCCUGUUGGAUCAGAAGCCUUUGGUUCCUCUGAUUCACAUUCACCCAAUCGAAGCUUGUCCCCUGUUCCCUCUGCAUCACCUCCGGCUGUUCUUGCAAGUACUCCAAACACACGCACAAAGCAAAGCCUUAAACUCUUUGGGAAGAUAGUUUUGGUAUCUGCUGAUUCAGACAUGUCCUCUUCUCUAACAACUUCAACAGCUUAUUGCAAGUCACCGAUUCAGCCAUUACCACAGAAACUCUCCAUGAUAACAAACCCACAAGAAGAACUCUUGAGCUGUUGGAUACAAGCCCCUCCUCCUAAGCAAGAAGUGGUGGAAAACAGAUGCUUAGUUUCAGAAAUGGCCGUCCAAAACGAAGGAUCAUCGACUGGUUCAAACACCGGUUCGGUCGAUGAUACAGGGCACACGGAUAAGAGCUCAGAACCCGAGAGAAUGGUAUGUCAGUGGGAGUUUAAACCUAGCGAGAGGUCUGCAUUUUCUGAGCUCAGAAGAGCAGCCUCUGAGUCAAGUUCAAGAGGAUUUGGUCCUUACAAGAAGAGAAAGAUGGUUAUAGAAGCAGAACAAGAAGAGAUUCGCCUCUCCUUGUAACCAGAUUCUUUUCUCAGGUACCAAAGUCGUUCAAUUCAAUAUUCAUUCAACUUCUUAAUGUUCAUCAAUAGUGUUGUUUGUUGUUUAGGCUAAAAUUUCUGCAUAAACUGUAACUGUAAAACACUUGUAUUGUUUUCUGUUAAUCUAGAUCGUCCCAAGUAUCUUUAUGCUAUAAGAACCAUUAUGUAAUGAUCUCAAAAUCGUCUUUGACACAAACAAGAAAAAUGAUAAAAUGUUACAAACA